UGGGAAUUGAAUUGGGUUAUCAGUUAUCACCCAAUUGUUUUAGAGAUAGAGAGAGAGAGAGAGAGAUGGUCAUGUGCUCUCCCUUCCUUUCGCUUUCUGGUUUCUAUCCAAAUGGCGGAUACUUCAAGGCUUAAUUUAACCCAUUCAUCUUCCUUCUGAGAGUUAUAAGAAUGGCUGUGGCUAUGGCUGCUUCGAGUCUUGGGCUUUCCUUCACUACCAAGACUAAUUUCAGAGCUCUGGAUAAACCCACUUGCAUUGCUCCUGUCUUCAAGGCUUCUUCUGGGUUUGGUGUUGCUAAACCAUUCCUCAUUUUCCACAAAGGAAGAUUGUCAUCUUCAGGAACCACAAUUAUCCCUCAAGCAGCACCUGUUGCUAAUGUAGAGGAUGGAAAUCAAGCAGAGACUGAUACCGUUCCAACUCCUGUAGUUAUAAUUGACCAAGACUCUGAUCCUGACGCAACUGUGGUGGAAAUAACAUUUGGUGAUCGCCUUGGCGCUCUUCUUGACACAAUGAAUGCAUUGAAAAACUUAGGGCUCAAUGUUGUUAAGGCAAAUGUCUAUUUGGAUGACUCCGGAAAGCACAACAAGUUUUCCAUCACAAAAGCUGAUACUGGUAGGAAAGUGGAAGAUCCAGAGAUGUUAGAAGCGAUUCGUUUGACAAUUUUAAAUAAUAUGAUUCAGUAUCAUCCAGAGUCGAGUGCCCAGUUGGCUUUGGGAGCAGCUUUUGGACUUGUUCCACCUAAAGGGCAGGUUGAUGUGGACAUAGCAACCCACAUAACCAUCUCCAAUGAUGGCCCAGAUCGAAGUUUGCUUUAUGUGGAGACUGCGGAUCGACCUGGAUUACUUGUGGAUCUUGUCAGGAUUAUUACUGACAUUAACAUCUCUGUUGAAUCUGGAGAAUUUGACACUGAGGGGCUCUUGGCUAAGGCAAAGUUUCAUGUUAGCUACAAUGGCAGCGCACUCAUCAAGCCUCUCCAGCUAGUUCUUGUAAACAGCUUGAGAUAUUUCUUGAGAAGGCCCAUAACUGAGGAAUCCAGUUUUUGAGUGGGGGGUCUCUUGCAAUGCAAUGGAUGUAGUAUAUUGAUUCCCUCAUUUUGGAGAAUAAAUAUAGAAUACAGUCAAACAAAUUGCUUUAUAAUACAUGAAAUCUAUAAAUCUAGUCAAGCAUCUACAUUUGGUUCUCAUUUCAA